AUGACACUGAAAAUCCAAGAUUCAUCAAUCGAGGAAACCUCCUCAGACAACUCAAUGGACACACUAGAUGCAGCAGCACGCAGGCGAAUCCAGAAUCGGCUCAAUCAACGCGCAAGCAGAAAAAGAAAAGCGCUAGAGUCAAAACAAAACCCUCCAAAUAGGAAAUGGGUAGUCUAUACAGAGGACUCGAACGUCCCAAAACCAAUGUCUCCAAUCUUCAAACCAACCGAUCAAUCAAACCAAACCAUUCAAACAACUUCAUCACCAUCAGCGCAUGCAGAGCAUUCAUAUUUCUGCGAAUUCAACCACACACAGCGCGACGAAUUUUUGAAUAAACUGCAAGCCCGGGCAGUGCAUAUGUUAGAGAACCCGGUUCUGUCGCCGCAUCCAUCCUUCUGCCUAACGCAGUUCAGCCUGCUCAACGCGAUGUUCACGAAUGCCAAUCUAAUGGGCUUGACAAUGGAAUUAUUGAAUGAAGAUCUAGCGUCACAAUUUAAUCUCAUUGGUCCAUCGUCGCUGCACCUUCCGCCGAGCCUGUGGCCGUCAAAAAAGCAGAAGAAAAUUAUCCAUCAUCCGUGGAUUGAUCUCCUUCCGAUGGUAUCGCUGCGAGAGGGAUUAUUGGCGAGGGCGGAGACGAUGGACGAAGACGAGGCGUGUGGGGAUUUAUAUGGGGUGUGUGCUUCAUCGCACGAGACUGGAUUGCGUGUUUGGGGCGAGGCGUGGGAUCCACUUGCGUAUGAGGCUUCAGAGAACUUGAUUCGGAAGUGGAGUUGGCUUAUCAAGGAGUGUCCGGAUAUUAUUAAGUCUACUAAUUAUUGGAGGAGGCAGCGUGGGGAGAAGGCGAUUGUGAUUAAACAGAAAUGA